AUGGCACAAGACACAAACGAUUCGCGGCCUAGGACGCAGGAACAUAUGCCAUUGUCUUGUGUAAGCGAUAGUAAUGAAAAAGCGCAUGCCAAGUUUGCAUUCACUGACGGCGGGUUUUUAUGUUCCUGGAAGAACUAUCAAAUAAUAUGCAAUUUCAACAAGCCGGUUGAGAGUGUUCGUCUGGUGGAUGAGAGUGGGUAUGGGCCUACUGUAAGUUACAAAUAGUAAAAUUUGUUUUGGUUUUCUGCCAUCCCUAGCUUUACACAUUUGCUUUGAAGACACAGCAGUCUUUGAACAACUCAAUAUAACUAUUUAUUUUAGAUACCUGUAAUGAAACCUGUAACUGGAAACAUUCCAUUAGUUGCGUGCUUAUCAAGAACUUUCUAUUUUGAUAAUUGGCCUGUACUAUUAGCAGCGUUGGAAAUGUACGCAGCCUUAGGAGUAAGCGAGUUUGAUUUACGAAUUAUGAACAUCAUCAAAGAGAUACAUGACCUUCUCAAGCUGUACGAAACCAAAAUAAACCUAAACGUGGAACCCGGACUUGUCAUACCUAAAAUUGUGAGUUGAAAUACUGAUUUUGUUGUAUUUUAAGGCUGGCUAUGACCCCAAUGUGAGAACGGCAGCGAUAAACCAAAGAAUGUGCUAUAAUGAGUGUUUUUACAAAUAUCGUGAAGCUGCCGAGUUUAUAUUAUUUGCUGAUCUGGACGAUGUGAUCUUCGCGACGACUUUGAACCUGCUUGUUGAAGCUUGGAAAUAUCAUUCUCUGCAUCCAGACGUAGCGGGAUUCGAGUUUCUUUGGAGGAAUGCUGAGUACAAUAAAGGUAACUUACGUGUUAUUGUGUGUGCUGCAGUUGUAUUUGUAAGGCAGGUAUUAAAACUAAAUCUAAAACAGGACUACUAAACACCAGCUCCUUAAAAGGUCUAAAUUUUUUUGACGUGCAGUUUAGUAGCUCUUAAAUUUUAAGAACAACCUAAUAUAAACAAUCAUUUAGUACCAUCUACCUCCUCCUUUUCUCUGGGCGACAUAUUUAACGGCCUUGAAAUAGAGAAGCUUCAAGACGUUGGGAAAUCAAUCGUAAUUCCAAAAAAGCUGCCAUUUUCUACUUUACAUUUCGUGCGUAGAAUGCAAUACAAAGGUGUAGCGUUGAAGAGUAUGAACGUGACGGAGAAGGACGGUUUUACUCUUCAUUUGCGAAAUAUUCGGCCUGAAAAAAUAAGGAAAAGCCAAUAUCCUCAAGAAAUGAAUUUUUUCAUGACAACAGUUUCGAACAACUUUUUGAAACGCAAAGAAAACAGCAAUUUUAAAAUGGCUUUGGAGAAUCUACCACAAGAGCCCUUCUUUGCUCCACAACUAAGGGCGUGUAAGAACAAGAUAUACGACAACCAAGCUGUUGGCGUAUCCGAAUGUCAUAGUCUUCAGAAUUGUGACAUUGACUUUGCUCACGGCCCCAAAUGCUUAGCAAUCUCAGCUGACUACAUUAAACAUAGUUACAGGAAGUUAAAUGUCUAUUCGUAUAGCAAUCGACAAAUUAUUCACAAAGAAAAUUGUAAAUUUGAGUUACCAGAACCAGUAGAAGUGCAUCGAUACUCAUUUUUAAAAAUAUAUUUUUCUGUUAUUGUAUUUUUUGUGUUUUUAUUUACUCUUUCUUACUUAAGUAGGCCCAGUGAAAAUAAAGUUUGUAUGGUCUAAUUAACAAAUUUUACAGUUUGCGUUUUGUUAAUUUUGUUAUCUGUGGCCAGACAAUAUCGUAAAAUAACCUUAUUAUACAGUGAAACUCUGGUACAACGAACUCCUCAAUAUAAAAAUUUCCGUAAAAACUUUUAAACGACCGUCUAAAGUGCCUUUAAAUUCUCUAAACCAACAUCCCAUACCACCUCGAAAACGCCUUUAAAAAAUUCUUUGAAAAAAGUUACGGUCUUCACCAUAUCUCAUGAAGAAGGUUGUCAGAAUGUUUUAUAAUGACUUUAAAAUGUUUGGUUAUUAACUGCCUGACGGGUUUUAAUAAAUAUUAUUUAUAAUUUACUUUUAUCAUAAAAAUAUUUUAAAAAUUUUCAAAUUUCGAAAAAUUGACAUUGCCAAAAAAAGGCCAGGUUAAGGCCAAGCCAAGGUCAGACUAAGGCCAGGUUGCGUCAAUUUUGUAACCCUACGACAAUAUGUUGUUUUAAGUCUCCUGCGUUUUGGUGCUCCACAACGAUUUUCUCAACAUAACAUAAAAAUAAUAAACCGUACCAUUUUGUGAAAAGUCAACAUGCUGUAAGACACUUUAAUCAAUACAUACAAAACAGCAAUCACAAAAAAAUCUUCGAAAGAUGUUUAAACGUCGCCGAAAGAACUGAGUCAUGUCCAAACCGUUAGUUGUAUUAAAAUAAAGUUUAAAAAAAUUUUUAUAGCAACUUUAAUUCUAUGAGAUUUACGCUAACCUUACUGACAUAGGGGCGGGCAUUAUCUUGAUCUUCGUAUGUUACUUUAGGGUUUUUAAAACGCAAAAACCAUAAAACAAUUCAUAUUUUUUUAGAAAUAUCUAUCUUACCUUAUCCUACCAUAUUCUACCCUACCCUAUUUCUACCCUGCCCUACUUUUUAAAUUUAUUUUUCCCGCCAAGCGCCUAUCUUGAAAACUAUGAUAGAUUUCAAAAAACUAAUAGCAUCCAGAAGGAUCAGCACCAUUCCAAAUAGGGGGGGGGAGUAGAAAAAGUUUCAGACCGAUUCGGCCGGUAGAAAAAAAGCGCGGGAAAACAAAAUUCAAAUUCCGGACUCCCGCAUUGGGUCCGGUCCGGGAAGAACUCUACGUGAACGGAACUUUCGUUAUAGACGAGUUCGUUAAAAAAGAGUUCCAUUGUAAAGGUUUCAAUUAAUACUUUUCUAUAUUUUUUUAUUUUUUUAAAUUUCAGAAUGCUGCUUCACAUUCAAGGACUUCGGUGCGUAGCGGUGCUAUUUGUAGUAUUAUACCAUUUGUGGCCGAGUUAUGUCAAAAAUGGAUUCCUUGGGGUAGAUGUGUAAGUUUUUGCAAAUUUAAAAAAAAUACUUUUAUUACCCUGGCUUACCCUACCCUAACUUACUUUACCCCUUCCUAACCAAUCCAGUCCACCCUACCCUAACACCUUCCUCUACCGUACUUCAACCUCAUAGCCUUAGCUAUCAUUCUAAUUUUCAGGUUUUUUGUAAUUUCUGGAUUCCUAAUGCACAUGUUGAUGGAAAACAAAGAAGUAUCCAUAUCGAAUAUCUCAACUUUUUAUUUCCGCCGCUUCCGCCGAAUUCUGCCCCUUUACCUUACAAUACUCUUGGUCACAGCUGUCAUAGCCGUACUAACGUUUACCGUAUAUAAGUACAAGAGUGUGUCUCGUGAACUACAAACAGCAGCUACCUUCACUUCUAACGUGUUCUACCUACCAGAUACGAACUAUUUCGAGUUUAACAACAAGUAUCCCUUGUUUUUGCACACAUGGUCGUUGGCUGUUGAGAUUCAGUACUAUUUACUGUUUCCAUUACUGUACCUUGUUUUUAGUUUUAUAAGGAAGUUGAACCAGAAUUGUCAUUACGUGGUUGUUACUGGCGUCUUGGCUCUUAGUUUGUUUUAUCAAACACGGAAUCAGAGAGGUAAAGUUUCAACACUACAUAAUAACAUGCAUGAAACAAAAGUAAAACAUGUAGUCAAGUGUUCCAUUGAGAACUAA